AUGUUGACCAAUCUCCUUGGUGCUCAUGAUCCCAUCCUAACUCUCACCAUCAUAAAUCAUCUUACCACCAAACUACUUUCUGCCCUUGUAAUGCUCCAUGAAAUGAAGGGUGUUUCUGAGAGGUUCAUGCCUCCGAAACAAGGGGGAGAAGGUGCUUAUGUUGUUCCAUCGAAAGUGAUUGUAAAAACCGAAAGUGCUCAACCGAGAGUGACUGUGAAAACAGAAACAAAAACUAUACACCCAGAAGUCAAAGUCACAACCGAACUGAAGGAUAAUGUAGCUUCAGGUUCUGGUCCACAUGAAAAGCAAAAGGAGACUGCUGAUGAUAGUGAUAGUGAUGUUGGUGAAACAAUUGCUGAGGCUCUCCAAAGAAAGAAGAGAGAACGAGAGCUAAAUGAAAAUUUGAAAGUUGUGAAGGAAGAAGAGGAGAGGGAAAGGAGAUCCAAGAUUUCGGUUCCUAUCGGUCCUCCACCCACUACUUCACAACCAACGACUUCUUUACCACCAACUCCAUUAGUUACUACUAUUCCAAUUUCUACAUCUCCAUUACCACCUCCUAUAAUUUCACAAUCAACCAUCACUACUAUUCCUGACCCAACAGUGGAAGUCAACGUAUCUGAUACGGGGGCAACUACUACAACCAAAACUCCAGUAAUCACUAAACCUCUUUCACCUGCCAACUCAACCGAUUCCGGUGCCACUCUUGGUGGAGAGAAUGAUGAGUAUGACUCUAGAUACUUCGGUCCAUAUCGGCUUCCAUCUGAUGAAGACAAUGAUGCUCCUGUCAACAGCCAACAUUUACAGAGCAUUCAUGAAAAGCUGGAUCAUUUGCUUGAAGACAGCAAGGCUUAUAGUGGUGUGGUUCUUAAAGCUUUUAUGGAGACUGCCAUAGAACAAUAG